AUAGCCAACACUCUAGAGCCCCUCCACCCUCCUCUCAGUGCUCUCGAGUUUCACCCCCAGAACCCGGCCCGCACUCCCUUGAGACUGCCAAGUUGCGACGGUAGAGGCCAUUACAUAUAUCAUUGCAGCGAGGGCGGCGCAAUGCUGGCGUGCAGCGCGAUGCGUCGUGAGGCGCUGGGCCAUGCAGCUGGGCUGUGCCGGGGGGUGGCCAGCUGGUCCAAGUUCAACCCGGCAGCAAUGUCGGGCAGCAACCCCGCGCAAGCCAGCAAUCUAGUGUACGGCGAGUGGGUGCAGGCGGAGAAGACUAUGGCUAUCCCCGACCCGCUCAAUGGCGAGCCCUUUAUCCAGGUCCCAGACACGCAGCUGUACGAGGUGGAGCCCUUUGUUGCGUCAAUGAAGGCCACCCCCAAGUCCGGCAUGCACAACCCGUUUAAGCAGCCCGAGCGCUAUCUGAUGUGGGGCGACAUCACGGCACGCGUUGCGGCAGAGAUGCGGCGACCUGAGGUGGAGGAUCACUUUGCCCGCCUCAUUCAGCGCACAAGCCCCAAGAGCUAUGCACAGGCGUCGGGAGAGGUGCGGGUAACCCGCAAGUUUCUGGAGAACUUCAGCGGCGACCAGGUGCGCUUCCUGGCUCGGGGCUUCAGCGUGCCGGGCGACCACCCGGGGCAGCAGAGCCACGGCUACCGCUGGCCCUACGGCCCCGUCACCCUCAUCACACCCUUCAACUUCCCCCUGGAGAUCCCGGUGCUGCAAAUGAUGGGCGCUCUGUACAUGGGCAACAAGCCGCUGGUACACUCCGACCACAAGGUGUGCCUUGUGCUGGAGGAGUUUGUGCGGCUGCUGCACCACUGUGGCAUGUCGCUCACCGAGCUAGACAUAUGCAACGGCAGGGGCGCCACAGUGAACGAGAUCAUGGCGCAAGGCCACCCGCGCAACACGCUGUUCACUGGCAGCAAGGGCGUGGCGGAGAAACUGGCUCGUGACUUCCACGGAAGGAUUUUCCUGGAGGAUGCUGGCUUUGACUGGAAGAUUCUGGGCCCCGAUGUGCAUGAGUUUGACUAUGUGGCAUGGCAGUGCGACCAGGAUGCAUAUGCGUGCAGCGGGCAGAAGUGCAGCGCGCAGAGCAUCCUGUUCAUGCACGACAACUGGGUGGAGGCGGGCCUGGAGAAGGCGCUGGCGCAGCGGGCAGCCACCCGCAAGCUGGAGGACCUAACGGUGGGGCCGGUGCUGUCGGUGAAGACCGAGACGAUGCUGGCCCAUAAGGAGCGGCUGCUGCAGAUACCUGGCGCGCGGCUGCUGUUUGGUGGCGAGGCGCUGACGGGGCACUCCAUCCCCGAGCGGUACGGCGCCAUCCAGCCCACCGCCGUCUUUGUGCCCCUCAGCGAGCUGCUUAAGGAGGCCAACUUUGAGGUGGCCACCAAGGAAAUCUUCGGGCCCUUCCAGGUGGUGACGCAGUACAGCGACCGCGACGUGCCUCAUGUGCUGGAGGCGUGCGAGCGCAUGGAGGCGCACCUGACGGCUGCUGUUGUGUCCAACGACGCCCGCUUUGUGCAGCACAUCCUGGGGUCGACGGUCAACGGCACCACGUAUGCAGGCAUCCGCGCACGCACCACGGGCGCGCCGCAGAACCACUGGUUUGGGCCUGCGGGCGAUCCACGUGCCGCCGGCAUCGGCACCCCAGAGGCCAUCCGGCUCGUAUGGUCAACGCACAGGGAGGUCAUCCAAGACUUUGGGCCCGUGCCGCAUGGCCUGCAUCUGCUGCAGAGCUGAGCAGUGGCCUGCGCCACCUGUGGAGCGGGCAGCCGCGACUGUUUGGAUGCUGCAUUGACCUGCCCGUUGUUUUUACUCACCUUCUAUCCUGUUCACAGGAGCACGUGGUUUGUGAAGGAAGACGUGGUUCCUGACAAGGCUUUGCAGCCCUGUUGCC